CAUAAGUGGCAGUGCUCAGCUCUGAUCUGCCUGACAGGAGCAUCGGGGACAGUGCUGCCUGAGAAGGGAUGCUGUGAACACAGUCCUGGCCACAGAUACACCUGCAGCUUUAUGGGAUCCAAAUAGAGGAGACAUCCUACUUGGAGAGCAACAGGAUCUGGUAAAUCCCUGAUGGGAGAUAAGAGGACACCAGAUAGAUGUGUCAUGGACCUGGCCUACAGAACACUGUGAUUCAGUGAGACAGAACACAGAACAAGGCCAUGGCAGUAAAUCAAACUCAGAGCUCUCUGGUGAUACCAGACAACAAUGCAUCAGUCUCAGGCAAUCCAGGUCCGUGGACAGAGCCCACGUUCACUUUGGCUGCUAAGGUUCGAGUGGGAGUCACGUGUUGCUUCUUCUUGAUAGCAUCUUGCAGUAAUGUGGCUGUUCUCUGCAGCAUCAGUGGGAAGCGGUGCAAAUCCCACCUACGUGUUCUCAUUCUCAGUCUGUCUGUGGCCGACUUGCUGGUUACCUUUUUGGUGAUGCCUUUGGAUUCGCUGUGGAACGUGAUGGUACAAUGGUAUGCAGGGGAGCUCUCCUGUAAGGUCCUCAAUUUUGGAAAGCUGUUUGCUAUGUAUUCGGCUGCCUUAGUUUUGGUAGUGAUCAGCCUUGACAGACACUGGGCUAUCCUCUACCCUCUCAGCUUUACUAGUGCUGGCCAACGUAACCGUAUCAUGCUGUGGACUGCUUGGAUUACUAGCCUUCUGCUGGCAUCACCUCAGCUAUUUCUCUUUCGAUUACGUACUGCUCCUGGAGUCAACUUCACACAGUGUGCCACCCAUGGGAGCUUCACCCAGCACUGGCAGGAGACAGCUUACAACAUGUUCACCUUCUGCACCCUGUUUGUCACCCCACUAGUGGUCAUGAUUGUGUGUUACACACGUAUCCUUUGGGAAAUCGGCAAGCAGAUGAAACACAAGAAUGAGCUUGCAAGAAGUAAAAAUGAUCUCAUUUCAAAGGCAAGACUGAAAACCCUAAAGAUGACCCUAGUUAUCGUGGCUUCCUUUAUGGUCUGCUGGACUCCAUAUUACCUACUAGGUUUAUGGUACUGGUUCCAGCCUGAGAUGAUCAAUCAAACUCCUGAAUACCUAAACCACAGUCUCUUCCUCUUUGGCCUGCUGCACACCUGCACCGACCCCCUUGUCUAUGGACUUUACACCCCCUCAUUCAAAGAGGAUCUGCGAUCAUGGAUCAGAAGAAUAAGCAGCAUACUGUCUAGAAGGGCAAAAAACAGUAAGCAGCUAGCCAUCUCUGAGCUGAACAUCAAAGAUCUUACCUCAAUGGAAGGUCCAACAUCUACAGCUGUCACCAUGCAAUCAGUCUUCUGAAAUACAGGGCACUGGAUUUUAAUUCAUUUCCAUCUACAUAUCAAGGAAGCAUGUAUAUAUAUAUAUA